CUAUCAUCCUGUGGGCAUUUAGUGGGGAAGUCGUCACUGUGCGGCCUCGGGCGGGGGAGUCAAACAAGGACGGUGCGGCUUCAAUUAUACCGGGCUUCAGGGAUGUAUCACCGGGCCGGGCACUGAGGCGAGGAUCGCAUACCGGAGGGUGCAGAAUACCGGGUCGCCUCGCCGGAGCUGUCACAGAGUCCGGCACCGGAUCACGCGAGCUCUGCUUGGUUGUCACCGGCCGUUUUCCGACCUGUAGCACCAAGCAAGGGAGGCCCAGGCCUGUGUUUAUGUGUCCGGAGGCCCGUGGGGAGGAUGCCGGGGCCCGUCACACCGCAAAGUCCGGCCCUGAAGCGGGGGUGAGGGGCGCAGGGAUCUCCGCGUCAGAGGAGAGGGGGCAGCUCCCCCCACCAGAGACUCGCACGUAUUUCUGUGCAUAGAGCCGGAUACGUGCACACACCGGCCCAGCGACAGCGCUGCUUUCCCCCCUGCCUGCAAGCAGAGCACUGUAUCCACUGCACAGGGCCGGUCAUUUUAAACGUCAUCAUGUCUACCGGGGAGAGCUUCGAGUCCCGGUUCGAGAAAAUCGACGUCAUGCUGCGGAACCCCAAGUCGGAGGUGAACACAGACUGCCUGCUGGAUGGCUUGGAUGCCAUGGUGUAUGAUUUAGAUUUUCCAGCAAUGAGGAAAAACAAGAACAUAGACAACUUUUUAAACCGCUAUAAAGACACGAUAAGUAAAAUCCGAGAUCUGCGCAUGAAAGCUGAAGAUUAUGAAGUAGUAAAGGUUAUUGGUAGGGGAGCGUUUGGUGAAGUUCAGCUGGUAAGGCAUAAAUCUACAAGGAAGGUCUAUGCAAUGAAGCUUUUGAGUAAGCUGGAAAUGAUAAAGCGAUCUGACUCUGCGUUCUUCUGGGAAGAAAGGGACAUAAUGGCAUUUGCUAAUAGCCCUUGGGUAGUACAGUUAUUUUAUGCUUUCCAAGACGACCGCUACCUUUACAUGGUUAUGGAGUAUAUGCCUGGAGGAGAUCUUGUCAAUUUAAUGAGCAACUACGAUGUUCCAGAAAAAUGGGCCCGUUUUUAUACAGCAGAAGUGGUUUUAGCGCUGGAUGCCAUUCACUCAAUGGGCUUCAUUCACAGAGAUGUGAAGCCCGAUAACAUGCUGCUUGAUAAAUCCGGUCAUUUAAAACUUGCUGAUUUCGGUACAUGUAUGAAGAUGAAUAAGGAAGGGAUGGUACGAUGUGACACGGCUGUUGGGACCCCAGACUACAUAUCUCCCGAGGUGUUAAAGUCGCAAGGAGGUGAUGGCUAUUAUGGGAGAGAAUGUGACUGGUGGUCCGUCGGAGUCUUUUUAUAUGAGAUGCUGGUUGGAGAUACACCCUUUUAUGCGGAUUCCUUGGUUGGAACAUACAGCAAAAUCAUGAACCAUAAGAACUCGCUCACGUUUCCUGAAGACAGUGAUAUCUCCAAAGAAGCGAAGAACUUGAUCUGCGCAUUCCUCACCGACAGGGAAGUUCGACUUGGCCGAAACGGGGUGGAGGAAAUUAAACGACAUCUCUUCUUCAAAAAUGAUCAGUGGGCGUGGGAGACUCUGCGAGAUACUGUAGCUCCUGUUGUCCCUGAUCUAACCAGUGACAUUGACACAAGCAAUUUUGAUGACCUGGAGGAAGAUAAAGCAGAUGAGGAAACUUUUCCGAUUCCCAAAGCGUUUGUUGGCAACCAACUACCUUUUGUAGGAUUCACUUAUUACAGUAACAGGCAGUAUUUAUCUGACUCCGCUGCAAGUACGGAUGACAACAGGAGCAGCUCCAAUGUGGAUAAAAACCUGGUGGAAAAUCUUCAGAAGAAUAUCUAUCAACUUGAAGAGCAACUGCAUAAUGAAAUGCAAUUAAAAGAUGAGAUGGAGCAAAAGUUCAGAAUGUCCAACAUCAAGCUAGACAAAAUAAUGAAGGAGCUGGAUGAAGAGGGAAAUCAAAGAAAAAACUUGGAAUCGCUUGUGUCUCAAAUUGAAAAGGAAAAAAUGAUGCUGCAGCACAGAAUGAAUGAAUACCAAAGAAAGGCAGAGCAGGAGAGCGAAAAGCGCAGGAAUGUGGAAAAUGAAGUAUCUACGUUAAAGGACCAGUUAGAAGACUUAAAGAAAAUAAGCCAGAAUUCACACGUCACAAAUGAAAAAAUAACACAACUACAGAAGCAAUUGGAAGAGGCAAACGAUUUGCUGAGGACAGAGUCUGACACAGCUGCACGCUUAAGAAAAAGUCAAAGUGAAUUGAGCAAGACGGUGAGCCAGCUAGAAGCGCUGAACCGCGAGCUGCAGGAGAGAUGCAGACUGUUGGAAAGCAGCAAGUUACAGGUGGAGAAGGAGUUGUUCCAGCUCCAGGCAGCCUUGGAUUCAGAGAGAAGGGACAGGAGUCAAGGGUCUGAAAUGAUUGGCGAUCUACAAGCUCGAAUGACAUCUUUACAAGAGGAGUUGAAACAUCUCAAAAACAAUCUUGAAAGGGUGGAAGCAGAAAGGAAACAAGCCCAAGAUCACCUCAACCACUCUGAAAAGGAAAAAAAUAAUUUAGAAAUAGACUUAAACUACAAACUGAAGACAUUGCAGCAGCGACUGGAGCAGGAGAUCAAUGAGCAUAAGGUGACAAAGGCUCGGCUUAGUGACAAACACCAGACAUUUGAAGAGGAAAAGUCAGUUGCUAUGUGUGAGAUGGAAAUGAAAGUGAAGGCAGAAAGAGCAGCGAAGGAGAAAGCAGAGAACCGGAGAGUGGAGAUAGAGAAGCAGUGCUCAAUGCUAGAUUUUGACCUCAAACAGUCUCGUCAGAAAAUAGAGCACCUUAAUCAGCAGAAGGAGAGGCUGGAAGAGGAGGUUAAACAGCUAACACUGCAGUUGGAGCAAGAGACGAAGAGGAGGCACAUGACGCAGAAUGAACUGAAGGUGCAAGCGUUUGAAGCAGACAACCUGAAAGGAUCAGAGAAGCAUUUAAAGCAAGAGAUAAAUACGUUGUUGGAAGCGAAGAGAUUGCUAGAGUUUGAACUGGUUCAACUAACCAAGCAAUACAGAGGUAAUGAAGGUCAGAUGAGGGAACUCCAAGAUCAACUUGAAGCUGAACAGUAUUUCUCUACCCUUUACAAAACUCAGGUUAAAGAACUGAAAGAGGAAGUGGAAGAGAAAACCAAGCAAAACCAAGAACUUGACAAAAAACUGCAUGAAGUUCUCGGUGACAAAGAGGCUCUGGCUGCCCAGUUGGAUCUGGCUGUUACUAAAGCGGAAUCGGAACAGCUUGCCCGGGCGCUCCUGGAAGAGCAGUGUUUUGAGCUGUCUCAAGAGAAUAAAAAACUGUCUUCAAGAAGCAGGCAUGAUUUCGUGGAGAAGGACCAAACGAUACGCAAGCUGGAAGAAACAAAUAGCACUUUAACCAAAGACGUUCAGGGUUUUACUAAAGAAAACACGGAGAUAAGUGAAAAGGCAAGGAAGCUCGAAGAAGAACUUAGACAGAAACAAGACGAAAUUAGCACCUUGAAAAUUACAUACGAGAAAAGUAUUAACACAGAGAGAACCCUCAAAACCCAGGCUGUGAACAAACUAGCUGAAAUAAUGAACAGAAAAGAUUUCAAGUUGGACCGAAAGAAAGCAAAUACGCAAGAUUUGAGAAAGAAAGAGAAGGAAAACAGAAAGCUACAACUGGACCUGAACCAGGAGAAGGAGAAAUAUAACCAGAUGGUAGCCAAGUACCAGAAGGAACUAGAUGACAUGUUAAUGCAACUGACUGAAGAAAGCAGUAACAGGAACGACCUGCAGAUGCAGCUAGACAGUAAAGAAAGUGAUAUUGAGCAGUUGCGUGCUAGGCUUGCAGACCUUCAGUUGCGUAUGGAUUCUACCAGCGUUGCCAGCCUACAGCCAGAUGACGCAGAUGGAAUUAUAGGGGAGUCAAGAAUUGAAGGCUGGCUCUCCAUACCAAACAGAGGGAACAUCAAAAGAUAUGGGUGGAAGAAACAGUAUGUGGUGGUUAGUAGUAAAAAGAUUCUUUUUUACAACGACGAACAGAACAAGGAACAGUCCAACCCAUUCAUGGUACUAGAUAUCGAUAAGCUCUUCCAUGUCCGCCCUGUGACACAAGGAGAUGUGUAUCGAGCAAACACUGAAGAGAUCCCUAGAAUAUUUCAGAUACUCUAUGCCAAUGAGGGUGAAUGUAGGAAGGACCAAGAGUUAGAACCUGUGCAGCAAAUGGAGAAGACAAACUUUCUCAAUCAUAAGGGCCACGAGUUCAUUCCUACACUUUACCACUUUCCAGCAAAUUGUGAAGCUUGUGCUAAACCUUUGUGGCAUGUUUUCAAACCGCCUCCGGCAUUGGAAUGCCGAAAGUGCCAUGUAAAGUGCCACAGAGAUCACUUGGAUAAAAAGGAAGAGUUGAUUGCUCCUUGCAAAGUGAGUUAUGAUGUGACCUCUGCACGGGAUAUGCUUUUGCUGGCAAGCACUCAGGAUGAACAGAAGAAAUGGGUGUCACAUUUGGUGAAGAAAAUCCCCAAAACACCACCUACGAACUUUGUCCGCGUGUCUCCGAGAACGAUGUCUACGAGAUCAGCAAACCAGUCCUUCCGAAAGCCGUCAAAAACAGCAUCCGGAAAAGCCAGCUAAGCACACCUUUACCACGGUUCUGUGGAUCGGGUCUUCCAUCACAUCUCGAAGCAGCUCAGACAGACAGCCAUUCCUUCUGCCAUCUGUAUCACAGGUUUCAGGGUUAAGACUGCAGUUCCAUUUCCCCUUGCUUAGCACGAGAAGCAUGCUGUGACUUUUUCCUUUAUUGCGGGUUUGCCUCAAUGUAGAUUAGAUGAAUUAUUACUAUGUAAUGCAAGUAAAACAAGGCUUAGCUACGUAUAUAUUCAUAUAUAUUUAUAUUAUUCAAAAACUGUCUGUGGAUAUCUAUCAAAGCCUGUCGGUUGAGAUGGAAUGCAGCCUUCCUUACAUACAUACAGAUCGGCGCUACUACAUCUAUAAAUGGAUUGCCAUUUAUAUCGAAGGCCAAGCACAAAAGGGGGAGCAAAUGAAUAUGUCUCAAAAUGAGAACUGCAGCUAUUCCUACGCAAUCUGUGCCAGUUUCGCAAAGACUGCAGGUUCAAUGUGCAAGAAGAUCAGCGGCAAAUUGAACUCUAGUGCCUUCACUUUACACUUUCUGUCGGCCUUAUAAACGCAGACAGGGGGGCAAGAUUUUAUAACGUUGUUCAUCAAGGUGAAAGGUCAAAACUAUGCAUUUUAAAUUUUUUAUGUUUUUGUUUUUAUUUUUGCCAAGCCAUAUUGUGUUUUAAUAGAGGCAUUAGAAAUCUUAACAGUACAAAACAAAAAAUGUGUUUUGGGUACAUCAUUUCGUUUACUCUGUCAUGUGUUGCCUUAUGGUUUUUAAUGAUACAGAACAUUAACUUAAAGGACAUAUAAAAAAAUUUGUAUGCACUGUGUGAAAUUGUAAAUUAUUGUUAGAACACUUUUUAUUUGGGUAUUGCUUUUGUUCUUAGUGCCUUUGAGUUAUUUUACUGCCAUGUCUGUAGGGACACAAGACCUGUUUGUUUUUGUUUUUUUUCUUUGUAAGGUUAUACCAUUCACUCCCUAGUUUAAAUUUUUGUUAAACUACUAUAACUAGAGGGAGAAAUGUUUUACAAAAGACUGUAUAGAGUGAGGAGAAGCAAUCAGCAGCUUAACCUUUUUUUGUAAUGAACCAAGCCUCUUCCAUGAUAACCAGCGGAGGAUCAUGAGAGCUAGAACAGCUGAACUUGAGUUGUCUAAUAGUAACCUUAAAGUAUCAGUUACUACUUCUAAAGUAGGACUGCCACUUUCAUCUGAACCACCUUUAAUGUCAGCAAUCAAAUGUAAAUUCCCCAAAAACCUUUUAUUUUUGUUUUUACAAAUUGUUCAGACAUAUCUAUUUUUUUUAUAUGCAAUCACUGAUCAAAACUACCUGAUAUGGUUUGUUUUAAUAAAUCUGCGGAGCGUAAAAAUAGUUCAAACCGUUACAACAAUAAUUCAAGAGUUUUCUGUUUUAUGAACAGAUGGUAUAGGAAAUCUAAAAUAAAAGGCUAUUGCUGAAUAGCAGAGAUGAUUAAAGAUAUGGGCAAUAAUGGUUGGUUUUUAUAAAUUAUAUAUAUAAUUUUUUUUACCAAAUACCUCCUAAGUAAUUUAUAAAUUGCUUUGCAGUUUUGUGUAUUACACAAAAAAAUUAUAAAAAAACAAACAAAAAAAAAAACACAAAAAAGCACUGGAAACUGGUUUGUCUGAAGGCAAUUUGCAUGUUCCAAGUGGUAUUGAAUCCGCACUGAUGGAUAUGUAAUAAACAUAUCUGUUAUUAAUAUGCUAAUGACUGUGUGAUCAUUUGAAAAGAAAUAAAAAUUUAUUUAUAGAA